CUGUUUGAGAGGCCCGAGUCGUUCGUUUGUUCACUUUGGGAGCGUCGGAAUUCUGCUUUACUUUGUUGUUUCUCAGGAGAUGAACAUACUGAUGAUGUCGAAGUGCAAAGCGGCUUAAAAUCUUCUGGUACAUGCACAGUCUCUGGACUUCCGUCGGCCUCAGCUACAACAUCUAGAGAUGGCGUUGAUCCCAAACGCAAACGCUCGUUUCGGGCUGCUGAAAUCGAAAGCACGGAAAUAUAUGGAAACUGA